GCCGCUAAAAUUUGGGGGGGAACAGCCUUCGCCCUGGAGCGGUGCGCGAUGCUGUCUCACGCCGACCUCCUGGACGCCCGUCUCGGGAUGAAAGACGCGGCCGAGUUGCUGGGACACCGGGAGGCGGUCAAGUGUCGGCUGGGCGUCGGGGGCUCGGAUCCGGGGGGACACCCGGGAGACAUGGCUCCCAACUCGGACACGGUGGAAGGGACCACCCUGCUGCCGGGAGAGGACAUCACCACGGUGGGAUCCAACCCCAGCUCCCUAGCCGUCAGCGCCAAAGACCCUGAGAAGCAGCAAGGCCAGCAGGGCGGCCAGAACUCCAGCCAGGCCGGGCAGCAGCAGGGUCAGCAGAAGCAGAAGCGGCACCGCACUCGCUUCACGCCGGCGCAGCUCAACGAGCUGGAGAGGAGCUUCGCCAAGACUCACUACCCGGACAUCUUCAUGCGGGAGGAGCUGGCCCUACGCAUCGGUCUCACCGAGUCCCGGGUGCAGGUCUGGUUCCAGAACCGCCGCGCCAAGUGGAAGAAGCGCAAGAAGACCACGAACGUGUUCCGCGCCCCGGGCACGCUGCUGCCGACGCCGGGGCUGCCGCAGUUCCCCUCGGCCGCCGCCGCCGCCGCCGCCGCCAUGGGGGACAGCCUGUGCUCCUUCCACGCCAACGACACGCGCUGGGCCGCCGCCGCCAUGCCCGGCGUGUCGCAGCUGCCGCUGCCGCCGGCGCUGGGCCGGCAGCAAGCCAUGGCGCAGUCCCUGUCCCAGUGCAGCCUGGCGGCCGGCCCCCCGCCCAACUCCAUGGGCCUCUCCAACAGCCUGGCGGGCUCCAACGGCGCUGGGCUGCAGUCCCACCUCUACCAGCCCGCCUUCCCCGGCAUGGUGCCUGCCUCCCUGCCCGGCCCCAGCAAUGUGACGGGCUCUCCCCAGCUCUGCAGCUCCCCGGACAGCAGCGACGUGUGGCGGGGAACUAGCAUCGCCUCCCUCCGCCGCAAAGCACUAGAGCACACAGUCUCCAUGAGUUUCACCUAA